AUGCUCACUAGUUCGUAUAUGAAUAGCAAAUAUCUUCAUAAAAAUGCAGCUGCUCAUUGCGGUCAUCUCUUUCACGAGAAUAUCUCGUAUCUGAGCGAUCAGGCAAUCGAAAACCUAAAACGACCACCGCAAAGCGCCUAUCUGUCGGUAUGUGGUGUUUAUUUUUGCUGUACUAUUGUGGCGCUGAUGAUCGUGCUCCUCUUCCUGAACUCGCUACGCAAGGAUGAAAUCGCCAGUGGACUGGGAUCUGGUGCCAACAAGGUUGCCACUGGAAAGGAGAAAUACACGGAUUUUUUACGUAUUCUAUUUGACUGUGUGUAUGUUUGUUAG